AGGACCCGGGGGGGGGGGUGUUGCUUGAGACAAGGGAGCCGCCAUCAUGGGACGAAGAACAGGCCGCUGUCGCAGUCUUGUUAUGCAGUGCAGCUGUACAUGCACACUUUGGCGAGGCAUAAGGUUGGGCCUAUGCAUCUUUCACAAGGGCCUCUCUCGCCCAGCUCCUCGGUAUGCUGCGCUUAGAACUGGUGUCUCGCGCGCUUAUCUGGAUAUGGUACUUGAUUUGCAUGGGCUGUCCUCAUCCUUUGCACCUGGACAUGCACAUUGUUAGCCUACAGCACUUGUACAGCAUCAAGAUGAGAGCACCUCGUCCUCGUCCUCAUCUCCGAUGCGGCUGCUGUCGUGUGUCAAAUCUGGUGCCAAGCUGUCAAGAAGGCGGUUCUCCACCAAGUCUCCGGUGCGAGUCAGGCCAUUUGUCCGGCUCCUCCACUCCUGAGCCUGACGCGGAUGAACUGAGAUGGUGAUGAUACAGCAAUAAUACUCGUAAAUAAAGAGCAGCAUUGAGUUCCCAUCUCUCCGCAAAGAGGCCGGGAAUAGCAGCGCCCGCCAUCACGUGACAAGUAUCGUGCCGCUUUCAGCCAAUCAGGUG